AAGAAAAUAUACUGUAAAUAAAUAUUUAUUUUAUUAUUAACAUAUUUUUGGUAAGGUAAGGGAGAAAGAAGAGGCUCUCCUCUUCACUAAAGUCACGUGGUGCAUUCUUGGCCCAUGGGGUGUUUGGCAGAAACUACCAAAAAAAGUUAAUCAUAAGCUUGAGAAGGCAGAUGUGAAAGACGGAAUAGUGGAUACACAAGGUGAGAAAUAUACUGUGGAUCUGCAAAAGAUGAAGGUCACAGCAUGUGGUUCAGGACAGCCGACCGCUCUCAAACGACUGCAGAACCUUUCAGAUUUUGCUUUGCCAAUCUACUGGGACAACAUGACUGAAAGCGACCACUUAAAGGUGAUUGACCUGGAUCGGUCAUCCAUGGAGUACAAGACUGUGAGCAAGGACUUUAACAAGACCGUCACAAAAACAGUGCUUAAGGUCCAGCGUAUCCAGAACAUUAAUCUUCGGCGGCUAUACAAGGGGCGUAAAAGAGAGCUGGAGAACAGAAAUGGUCCUGUGGGAGCAGCGGAGAGGAUCCUUUAUCACGGCACAUCGGAGGAAUCCUGCUCAUCCAUCAUGCAGUCGAACUUUAAUCGCAACUUUGCUGGGCAAAAUGCCACCCUCUAUAGUCACGGGCGCGUGCCGCCGGGACAUGAAGACGCCCCUGUUAGUGUGGCACCUGACCUCUACGACAGCGUGGUGGAUAACAUGCAGAAUCCCACCAUGUUCGUGGUUUUCCACGACUGCCAGGCUUAUCCAGACUACCUCAUCACAUUCAAAUGA